AUGGAAGAAAGUGUUAUUGGUAUUUGGUGUGGAAAAGAAAUUAAAGAAAAAAGUAUCAAAAUGAAAGAAGAAGAAACAGAUGGAAUGGUAUUAUAUAUUGGAAGUUGUAUUAGAAUUAUUCUUUCAAAUUCUAUUCUUGAAAUGGGAAUUGAACAUAAUGGUCUAAGUGUAGAACAAAGAGAAAAUGCAUUUAAAAUACAUUUUGAUAAACUUUAUAUAUUUGUUUGUCAUAACCCACAAGAAACAAAAAAUUGGAUAGAAAAAAUAGAACCAUAUACCAGAAUAUAUGGUAUUAUAGGUUUACCAUUAGUUCUUAGUGUUAAAAAAAGUGGUUGGAGAGUUCCAAAUUUUGUUUAUCGUUCUAUUCAAUGCCUUCGUAAACAUGAUGCAAUUCAUACUCAAGGAUUAUUUAGAUUAACUUGUAGUAUUGGUGAACUUAAACCAUUAAAAGAAAUAAUAGAUUUAGAUAAAGAUAUUGGAAGUGAUUUCAGUGAUGAUUGUAUUGUUAUUGGAACCUUACUAAAAAGUUGUUUAAAAUUAAUGAUAGAACCAGUUAUUCCUUUUAAUAAAGCAAUAGAAUUUAGUCAAUUAAAACAAAAUUCCAAUCCUAAACAAUUUAUUAAUUCAUUACCUAUUCCAAAUCAAGAUACUCUCUUUAUUCUUCUUCAAUUUUUACAAGAAAUUUGCUCUAACCAACAAGAAAAUAUGAUGAAUUUUCAAAAUAUGUCAAUUUGUUUUGCUCUUUGUGUUUGUAGAUUACCUGAAAUUAAUUCCAAGGAUGAGAUUAGUUUUACUAUAGAUUGUAUUUCUUCUUUUGAAUUUGUAUUGACAAAUUUUGAUUCUUUAUUUGAAGAUAUUAAAAAAAGAAAUGAAGCUCUUGGAAUGGAAUUUCCAAAAGAACCUGCUUUUAGUUAUGAACCACAUAUAGAUUAUGGCACAUUCUAUUCUAAAAAUAAAUUGAUUUCAAAAACUAAAAGAAAUUCUAAAAGAUUAUCUGGUAAUUAUAUUCAAAUAGCUCAUGAAAUGAGGUCUAUAAGUCCUGCAUUAUUAGAGAAAAGACUAAGUGAAGGAAAAACUGAAUCUAUUGGAAAUAAUGAUAACCAAUUCAUACUUGUUCAUCGAUCAAAAUCACAAUUACCUAAAAUUAAUAUUAGUCCAUCUGAACAACCACCAAAACCAACGCCAAAAUUGUUACAAGAAAAUGAAUCAAAAAAGAAAGAAACAUUUAGACGUAGAAUUAAAAGACACUCAAUAGAAUUAUUUUCUGGAAUAAUAAAAAAAGAAGAAAAUUAA